AUGAUUCUUCAACUUCUUCUCCUGGCAGUAGGGGCUACAUCGGUGCCUUUUGCUGGUCCCAAUGCAGCAUUGAAAUCAUGCUUUGAGAAUACCUUGACAGACCGGGGAAGCUUUGCCUUCGCCGGGGAUCUGUUUUACGACCACAUUGUGAAUCGUUACAACCUGAACAUUCCCGUUACUCCAGCAGCAAUGACUUUUCCCACCUCUUCUCAGCAGGUGGCUGCCAUUGUCAAGUGUGCCGCAGAGCACGGAUUUCCAGUCCAGGCCAGAAGUGGAGGACACAGCUAUGGCAAUUACGGUCUUGGAGGUACAGACGGUGCCGUUGCGAUUGACUUGAAGCAUCUCCGACAAUUCUCCAUGGACAAUACAACCUGGCAAGCGACGAUUGGAGCGGGAAGCUUAUUGAGUGACGUGACACAGCGGCUGUACCACGCCGGAGGUCGGAGUAUGUCUCACGGAAUUUGUCCUCAAGUGGGCUCGGGGGGACAUUUCACAAUUGGUGGUCUGGGUCCGACUUCGCGUCAAUUUGGUGCCGCACUUGACCAUGUCCUGGAGGUUGAGGUGGUUCUCGCCAACUCGAGUAUUGUCCGAGCAUCUGACACGGAAAACCAGGACCUCUUUUGGGCUAUCAAAGGUGCUGCCUCGGGCUAUGGUAUUGUCACGGAGUUCAAGGUCCGAACUGAGCCGGAGCCUGGUACUGCGGUGCAGUAUGCAUACAGCUUGGAGAUCGGCAGUCCCAGGGAGCAGGCGGCCCUUUUCAAGAGCUGGCAGGCCUUUGUUUCAGACCCAAAUUUAACUCGAAAGAUGGCAUCUACCCUCACUGUGCUCGAGCAUAGUAUGGCAAUCAGCGGUACCUUCUUUGGCACAAAAGAAGAGUAUGAUAAGAUGAACCUCAGCAGCAAAUUUCCCGGUGCAAAUGGCAAGGCAUUGGUUUUUAAUGACUGGCUUGGUAUUGUCGCCCACUGGGCCGAAGACCUUGUUUUGAAGUUGGGUGCUGGGAUCCCAACAAAUUUCUACGCAAAAUCUACCUCUUGGACGCCCCAGACUCUGAUGACCCCGGAGACUAUCGACAGAAUGUUUGACUACAUCGGUACCGUCAAUAAGGGUACUCUGGGCUGGUUUCUGUUGUUCGAUUUUCAGGGAGGUUACACCAGCGACAUCCCAAUUAAUGCUACAUCUUACGCUCAUCGUGAUGUGCUCAUCUGGCUACAGUCCUACACACUCGAUUUCUUUGGACACAUAUCCCAGACGCAGGUUAAUUUCCUUGAUGGACUCCAUAAGAUCGUCACAAAUGACAAUAUUCCCUACGCUGCCUACCCGGGGUAUGUGGACCCUCUUAUGAGCAACGCCCCCGAGGCAUAUUGGGGCACCAAUCUCCCCCGACUGCAGCAGAUCAAAAAACAAGUUGACCCAAGAAAUGUGUUUCGGAAUCCACAGAGCCCAACUCCCGCAAUAAAGGGGGAAAGUCCUUCCCAGGAGUCUCUGUAA